AUGGAGGAACCGGGUGCUCAGUGCGCUCCACCGCCGCCCGCGGGCUCCGAGACCUGGGUUCCUCAAGCCAACUUAUCCUCUGCUCCCUCCCAAAACUGCAGCGCCAAGGACUACAUUUACCAGGACUCCAUCUCCCUACCCUGGAAAGUACUGCUGGUUAUGCUAUUGGCGCUCAUCACCUUGGCCACCACGCUCUCCAAUGCCUUUGUGAUUGCCACAGUGUACCGGACCCGGAAACUGCACACCCCGGCUAACUACCUGAUCGCCUCUCUGGCGGUCACCGACCUUCUUGUGUCCAUCCUGGUGAUGCCCAUCAGCACCAUGUACACUGUCACCGGCCGCUGGACACUGGGCCAGGUGGUCUGUGACUUCUGGCUGUCGUCGGACAUCACUUGUUGCACUGCCUCCAUCCUGCACCUCUGUGUCAUCGCCCUGGACCGCUACUGGGCCAUCACGGACGCCGUGGAGUACUCAGCUAAAAGGACUCCUAAGAGGGCGGCGGUCAUGAUCGCGCUGGUGUGGGUCUUCUCCAUCUCUAUCUCGCUGCCGCCCUUCUUCUGGCGUCAGGCCAAGGCCGAAGAGGAGGUGUCGGAAUGCGUGGUGAACACCGACCACAUUCUCUACACGGUCUACUCCACGGUGGGUGCUUUCUACUUCCCCACCCUGCUCCUCAUCGCCCUCUAUGGCCGCAUCUACGUAGAAGCCCGCUCCCGGAUUUUGAAACAGACGCCCAACAGGACCGGCAAGCGCUUGACCCGAGCCCAGCUGAUAACCGACUCCCCCGGGUCCACGUCCUCGGUCACCUCUAUUAACUCGCGGGUUCCCGACGUGCCCAGCGAAUCCGGAUCUCCUGUGUAUGUGAACCAAGUCAAAGUGCGAGUCUCCGACGCCCUGCUGGAAAAGAAGAAACUCAUGGCCGCUAGGGAGCGCAAAGCCACCAAGACCCUAGGGAUCAUUUUGGGAGCCUUUAUUGUGUGUUGGCUACCCUUCUUCAUCAUCUCCCUAGUGAUGCCUAUCUGCAAAGAUGCCUGCUGGUUCCACCUAGCCAUCUUUGACUUCUUCACAUGGCUGGGCUAUCUCAACUCCCUCAUCAACCCCAUAAUCUAUACCAUGUCCAAUGAGGACUUUAAACAAGCAUUCCAUAAACUGAUACGUUUUAAGUGCACAAGUUGA